UGUAACUUUUCCGAUGUUACGGAAUCACACCGUUUUUUACUAUUUUAGUUGCUCUUAUUUUGUUAAAUUUUCUAAACAUACGGAUCUUCAACAAUGCAAACGAUUUGUUUUCGUACGGAAUUAUUGGAUUUAUUAACCUACCAGGCUUAUUGACGAGGCAUCUUACAGCUUGUUGAACAACGUCAUAUUUUCUUAUUGGAUCACUUAAUGAUCGGAGAUUCACCGUUCACGGAAAGAAAUUACGGGAAGGCGUUCUGAAAGGCAGAAGUUGUUCGGAAGGCCGAAGAAACACAAGCAUCGCUGGGCAUUGUUCCGCUGUACCUUGGGCACGCUGUUAUGCUAAUUUGGAUUGAACCGAGUGGACCCUAAAGAGGAGAAUCUUUUAACACCGAGUUGCCGCGGUUCACAUUCUGACAGCCUUGGGAUCAUGAGUGAACUAGACCAGCUGCGCCAAGAAGCGGAGACACUGCGGAUCAAAAUUCGAGAUGCACGCAAAGCUGUAUGCGACUCCAGCUUGGUGCAGUCGACCGCGAAUAUGCCCGAAGUCGGGCGAAUUCAAAUGCGAACGAGGAAGACUUUGCGCGGUCAUCUCGCCAAGAUUUACGCCAUGCACUGGGGCUCCGACUCCAGGAAUUUGGUAUCGGCUUCUCAAGAUGGAAAACUUAUUGUUUGGGAUUCUUAUACUACCAACAAGAUUCACGCCAUUCCAUUGAGAUCCAGCUGGGUGAUGACCUGCGCUUACGCACCAUCCUGUAGCUAUGUUGCGUGCGGUGGUUUGGACAAUAUCUGUACCAUCUACAGCUUGAAGACUCGAGAAGGAAAUGUGCGAGUUAGUCGAGAAUUACCUGGACACACAGGAUAUUUGAGCUGCUGCCGAUUUCUCAACGACAGUCAGAUACUCACGAGUUCAGGGGAUAUGACCUGUGCUCUGUGGGAUAUCGAAACCGGGCAGCAGUCCACAUCAUUCACCGGACAUACAGGGGACGUUAUGAGCUUAUCACUCGCGCCCAACAUGCGGACAUUUAUCUCUGGAGCUUGCGACGCUUCUACGAAGCUCUGGGACAUUCGUGAUGGAAUGUGUCGUCAGACAUUUACUGGACACGAAUCCGAUAUCAAUGCUGUUACAUAUUUUCCAAAUGGGGAGGCCUUUGCUACGGGAUCAGAUGACGCUACUUGUCGGAUGUUCGACAUUCGGGCUGACCAGGAGCUAGCCAUGUACACGCAUGACAAUAUCAUCUGCGGCAUUACUUCAGUGGCGUUUUCGAAAUCUGGCCGUCUUUUGUUGGCUGGUUACGACGAUUUCAACUGCAACGUGUGGGAUGCUAUGAAAGUGGACCGUGCAGGAGUUUUGGCUGGACAUGAUAACCGAGUGAGUUGUUUAGGAGUGACCGAGGACGGAAUGGCCGUGGCCACUGGUUCAUGGGACAGCUUCUUGAAGAUUUGGAAUUGAGAUGGAAAAGUUACAACAGAACUGCCACCUCUUAGUGCAAAACUCUGCAAUCUCGUGCUGUAAUGCUACGAACGUCGCCAUCACAUUUCCGUUCAUUUGGAGGAGUAUUUCUCGUUUCUGUAUGUGUAAUCUUGUGGGACUUUUCUACAUUUCAACACAACCAUCCCUCUCAUCUGGACUUUUUUAUUUUUCGCUCACUGUUUAUAUGGAUUGGACGAGGCUUACUAGCUCUUAUCAAAUCAUUAAGAUACGGAGAUAUCAUUGGAUUUCCUGUCGAUGUGUUUGCCGAUGCGCUGCGGUUACGCUUAUCGUUGUCUAAGAUACCGUAUCUUGUUCUAAUGAUUAUGAUGCAGUUUUACAGUGUCAUAUUAUAUGAUUUUUCAUUUGCUUGCACGACUGAUAAUCUCCGAAUAUGUUUUAAGUUUUUUAUUUUUAUUGCACCGUGUUCAGUUUAUGUUUAAUCUUGUUUGUAUUUCGACUGAUUUUUUUUCUAGUCCAUUGACAAUGAGUACAUCAGCGAAUCUUGGAAGAUGCGGCUUUUCCGAAAUUUCUGUUACUAGAAUAAUUAUUGUCUUAACGCUUAUGUCGUUCGGUGAAAUCUUGCAGAUUG